AUGCCGAACAACAGUGAGUCUUUCAUUUUUGGUUUUUUAUUCGAUUUUCUUAUCAUUUCUCAGAUUUUAACGUUCUUAUCUGUCGAAUUGCGCCCACAUUAACUUUCAAUCCAAAUUUAAGAAACUUGUUUCUAGUUUUGAUAUGAAUGAAAGAAAAAAUUAAUUAUGAGAACUGCAAGUUGACUAACGCCAUGUCCUUCCCACUUCCGGAUUAAUGCUGCCCACAUGGAACGUGAGAAGCAGGAAAAAAGUUUCUCGUUCCCGUGAGAGCGCUAACGAGAAUGAAAAGUUCACUGAGUAACAGGUUAAAAGUCAAUGUAUGCGUUGGGAAAAAGCAUUGUAUUAAUAUUCUCCGAUUUACAAUCUUUUUGGACUUUUUGAUAGAUGUGCAACCUUCGAAAAAAACUUAGAAAAAAUCCUUUUUGGAUGUUUUCGAUCAUUUUGAGCUCCUACGCCUUCAAACUUUCCGAAGGAAUUGAAGUUAAAAUACAAAGUUCAAAUUAGAAAAUCGAGGGAUCAAAAUAAUUUGAUUUUUCUUUUUUACUCUGAUUAGAUUGAAAGUGAGCGCUUUUCAUGAUACAGUGCUUCCACAGUUUUGAGCUCCAGCUGUGAAAAUGAGAAGCCAUGAAAAAAUUCAUUUUUUUUGUUGAUAGUUUAUGAUCAUCUUCGAACUAGCGAACCCUUUUGAUAAAUGACGCAAAUCUCAACUUUUGAAACUCAGUAAACAGUCCAAGUUUACAUAGUGGCAGCAGGGAGAAAAAAAUCGUUGUACCUGAAUCGAUUUUGUCAGGGCGGCCAAUUCUCUUCGCAACCUUUGGUUGAGACCCGACACGCCUGAUCUCCAUCUCGAACGAGUUUUUCGUUUCGUUUCGCGAAAGGCUGUCUGGCACCGUUCAGGGCAUUCCAUCACUCAAAAAAAAAGAAGGAUAACCAGAGUAGAAUUUGCCGAUAAGUGCACCAUUCUCAAAAAUGAACUGUUUUAUGAAAAUAUACUCCAUAAGGUUAAUUGAUUCAUAUUUUUUUUCAAAUUAACGAUUACUUCGAUUUAUGAUCAGAACCAUCAAGAUAAGAAAAAUAAUCAGGAUCCGGAGUUAAAAAAGUUGGUCGAAAGCCAAAAAAAGUCUAGUUUGUCAAACAUUUAUCAAUCGUUAUCAUACAAAGCGAAAAAAUCUUUUUGCUCUAAAAACGGUUCUUCUCAAAAAAAAUCAUUCUUCCAAUCAAAAAAAAACAACUUUUGUUCAACCUUGAAUUUCGAGUUCCGUCGGAAAGUGUUUAGCCGGAAUAUCAUCAAAAUUACAAAUGGAUUGACGUUUUUUUUUAAAAGCUACUCAAAGAGGGGAAAGUUUAUAACGGAUUUGUUCUCUGCAAAACGAGAAUCGACGUGAACGCUAAAAUAGAGAAUUCCUGCGGCGAGGAAAUGUUUCGAAAAAUUUUAAAAGUGCGUGAACUGUUUCGAUUAAUGGCUGAUCAAUAAAACAAAGGCAGAUUUCAGAGGAAAUUGUGUGAUAAGAGAAACUGCCCGGUAGCGAUCGCAAGUUGUUUUCCGUGAGAAAAUUUCGAGUUCCAUACAGAAAACUAUCAUCUCUUAGCUGAGUUUUUUCUGUUUUUGAACGCCACUCGUUGAAGUCUACGUCAUAAUCACCGUUUUAAUUGAAAAAGAAUGAAAAAAGCUUACUUUGACGCGCAGGGUCUUCGAAAGAUUACUUGUGAGAAUAAAAGCUUUCGAAAAAUCUCAACUUGCAAAAAAUCUUCUCAAGCGUUCAAUGAAACUAAUUUGGAUACGUCGAGCUGUGAGGAAGUUCCCAAGAGCGCGAUUCGCUUCCUUGUUCUUUUGAGACUUUCACAAAGCGCAUAAAAACCCGGAUAAGCCAGAUUCCUUCCAUGAUUUAGUUCCAGGAAGCAAUUUUUACGGAUAAUUAUUUUUCGAGUGAUUCAACUUCGUCAUUUAUUCACGCAAAACAAUGAUUUUCAAAUUGUAUGAAGAGAGUUAAUAAAGAGUUCAAAACUCAAUUCAAAAAAAUAAGAACCUUUUCCUUGAAAAAAACCUUUUGAGACGGAAGUUUUUGGACUCGAUUUAAACCAUCAUUUCGAGUUAUCCAUAACAUCCGUUCACUUAUUUGGUUUAAUUUUCAGGUCAAAAUAAGUGUAUUUGAGUUACUGACAAAAAACCGAAAGAUACUCACCAUUUUGCGCUACUGUGUAUGUAGUAAUCAGAAACACUAAACUGUAGGUUAUGUCAUUAGCUUUCCGUUUGAAGUUUUCAAAAUUGUUCAAUACAUGGACACCAAAAAAAUCAGUUAAAAAACUAUACUUUUGAUCCGAAUAAAUUUUGGUCUAUCGAGAAACUACACUGUAGUCGACAUUUCGUAGUUUGAUCAGACACAUAGCUGGAUGUUAACUUUUUUCUCAAUCUAACUUAUUUUUAUUCUCGAACCAACUGUUUUUAGUCAAAAACAGUAUCUGAAUUUUCAAUAGCCAAAAAUUUUUCCCAAUUAAAAACUGACGAAUUUCGGAUUUUUUUCAUUGAAAAUGUAAUUUUUUGAAUAAAGCAAACUUUACGUUGAAACGUCCUGAAUUUUCUAUGGUCCCAGAGCUCGGAGCGAGGGCAAGUCCAGCCUCUCUAGCGUUUUUUUCCCUCUGGCGAAACAGGGAAGAACAGCCGAGAGCAUGUAUAUUGCUCUCGGCUGUCUGUGUCCCGUUUCGCUGCUUCUCUGUCUGGCGGUGAACCCGACGUUUUUCUCUCGCCGCCAGUCGCCGCCCGCCCGCUUCCUUCUUCAACAUCCGACGACUCACUGGAGAGAGACCACCCAACUUGCCCUCUCACACCACUGAAACCAUCUUACUUGCCACCUGGUGACGGUGCCAUGCUUGCUCCGCCAAUCUCAAUGGUCCUUUACCACGAAAAUCUUGAUCUCAGUCCUAUGAAAAGCAAAAGUGAGUGUUGUUUUUGCCUUUUUUUCAACCAGGAACUUUUUGUCGGCUUAUGCCUUUUCCUUGAAAUUUUCAUUGGGAAAAUGAUGAUUAAAUCUCGAAAAAUUUCUAAAUGAAACUUUUUCAAGUCAUCCGGAAGAAUCUUCUGUUUGAAUAUACUGUAAACUUUUUACUCUCCUUCAGAUUUCUCAACUAAAAAAACUUUUCCGUGAAAUUCCGAACUCAAACAAAAACAUUCUCAUGCAAGGAGUAACCCUGAUGUUAACUUUUUUUGAAGCGGAAGUUAAUGUCACUUUGUGCGAAAUUAUACCUUUUGUUCAAAUAGCUUGAAUCAGAAAAAUUCUGUUUUUUUUUUCUAGUUAUUUUUCAUUGUUCGAAAGGUUUCGCAUUACGUGUUUUAAAUUCAUUUUUUUUCACUUUUGGCUUCAACUUUUUCUUAAAAUGCGUAUUCUCACGUCGAUUGCUUAUUCCACCAUCCGGGCAGAAAAUCUGAAGUUCCAGACAAGAAAUUAGCGCAAACUUCUCCGCGAUUCCGUCGCUUCGCACUUUUGAAAAGUCCAUUGGCGCGUUCUUUAUUCUUUGUGUACAGUCGCACGAGUGCUUAUAGGAUCUUUAUCGGCGUGUUGAUAGUUUUUGGUCUUCCAUUAGUAUUUCCAAUAGUUUUCAGAUAGUUUCUUAAAUCAAAGUCCCAUGGCUCGUCUACUGUAGUCUAAAGACUGAUUCUUUUUUUUUUGUUUUCAUGACGCUUUGGAGGAUAAGGAAGUGAGGCGAUUAUCUGUUCUUGCUGUUGCGUGAGAAGCCCAUUUCUCAAAUCUAGAGAUUGAGCUCGAUUGUUUCUUCAAAGACUACGAUCAUAUACAAAUUGAAGUUUUUUCGACAAAAAGCAACCAGAAAAAUGUAUUCAUCCGGUUUUUUUGCAAACUUAUUACUCACCAACAUGUAGUCAGUGCAAAACACACCGCUCUGAGAAAAAAUAAGUCACGUUCCCACUCUUUUUUGAUUCAGGCUAACUACAAAUUGACAUAUAAUUUUGUUUGAGAAUAAUCUGGACAAAUAAAACGACAUUAUAAUAAAAAGAAACGAAACAGGGAAAUGUAAUAAAACUUUUCUAUUACCUUGAAUUUUUAGAAAGAGAAAAAAUUCCCGAAGGAACGUUAUGCGUUGUCUGCGGCGAUUUGGCCAGUGGAAUCCACUACUCGGUGGCCAGCUGCAAUGGCUGCAAGACUUUUUUCCGUCGAGCUCUUGUCGUAAGUUUAACUUCUUGUUCUCUACCAGCUUACGGAAAGAAAGUACCAGAAUAUUUCUAGUUUAUCUUGUUUCAAUACGGGUUUGAAUAUUUCCAUGUGGUGAAUAAAAUCCACUUCCUUCAACUUUCUGAUUCGAGGUCGAACAGUGUUGAGAGCCGACAUCAAGCAAAACACAAAACGUUAUGUUUGGUUUCUAAACGACAGUAGACUGCCUCUUUCGGUCGGACCGCCCUGCAAAGAUGUUUGCUAAUUCUUUGCAUUGUCCAGCGCAACGUGUUCACUUUGAAAAGUGCAAACCUCGAAAUACUGCUCCACCUUUUGCGCUUUUUUGCGGUCGCACAAGAUGAAUAAGAAACACAAAAUAAGCCUCAAAAGAGUCGUUUUCUGGAGGGCGUCUUUUGUGCCAGAUGGGUUCCAAAUAUAUUUUUUUUUCUCAAAUUUUUUUGUUAGUUGCCUUCACACUUUGCGCUCAUACGUUGCGUUGAGGACGAUGCAAGGCAAAAUUGGUGAGGGCAAAAUGGGAGAGAAACAGCGGAAAAGAUAGUGCUCGAAAUGCUGGCCGAUGCAACAUUGCGAGACACGACGACAGUUGUUGAGCGUGUGAAAUUUCUGUCUGUCCUGAGGAAACAAUUGUAGAAUUUUGUUGUAACGUGUGACCCAAGAAGCAGCCGCACCAAAACUCCAGUCUCUCAGGCUCACGACAGUUGCACUUUCCUUCCGAUAAAGCUCGAGAUUUUUUUUUAUGGGGAAAAGUCACAGUAUCAUGUUGAGGAGAGAUUAUUUCCUUUUACUUUUUGAUAUUAGAGGCUUCCCAAAAAAACUACUUCAGUAGAUAGAGGUUUCAUUACUAAUGCAAAAAAAAAUAUGGAACGGCGUAAUCCACUCGAAAAAAAAAUUUCAGAAAAAGAUAAUCUUUUACGCAAUUGAGCCGAAUCCAAAAAUAAAGAAAUCUGCAGGGGUAUUAAGUGUGACGUAAAUCUUUUUUUCAUAUUUACCAAAUUUUUGAAAUGAAAUUAAAACAAUUAACUUAUUUUUUACAGAACAAGCAAACGUUCACAUGCCAAUUUACCGGUGACUGCGUCGUUGGAAAGUGUAGGUUAUACAUUUCCAGUUUCCCAUUAAUUUAAUCUGGAAUUGAUUGAUUUCGAUUGCUUUAAAUCUUUUGUUUCAAGAUACAUUCGAAUUCCUUUAAAAGAAAAUUCAAGUUAUCAGCUUCCCUGUCUUUUUUUUCUGAAUUCGAGUUUUUAUUUCACAUUUUUCAGCUGUUCGAUGUGUCUGCAGAAGCUGCAGGCUCAAGAAAUGUUUCGAUAUGGGAAUGGACCCAAAAGGUAAAUUCAUUUCUUUCAGAGGGGAAUGAUUCAUCAUAAUAAGUGCAACCUCGGCAAGACAAAAGUACAAAGUUUAUUGAUUUCAAAAACUCGAAAUAUUCGAGAAAAUUUGCCACGUGAGCCAUAAUCUUGAUAUGAAAAAGGCCAAAACACAUCAAUAUUGUUUACGGCAAAACCUUCAAAAAUGAAAAAAAAAUCCCAAAAAUAAAAAAAAUGUUUUUUUUUUCAUUCAAAAGGGAUUUCGAUAAUUGUUUUUUUGGAAAGUCUUUGAAGUUCUUCCUCCUUAAAAAGGCAAGAAGCGCGACACUGCCCUUAUUAAAACCUCAUUGAUUGAAGCGUCAAAAAAAAAAAUAGAAGGAAUAAAAUGCACCGUUUCCGUCUUUGUUUGGGUUCUUAGAGUGGCAUUAGAAUUGCACCGCCUAAAUAAGAUUUGUGGCGUAUUUUAUUGUCGUACAUGACGUCCUUGGUAAAUUUUCAGUACCGAAAAGCUUCUUUCAGUGUUUGCUUGAGGAUUCAUUGAAGCUUGAUCUCAAACCCUUUUGGUGCACUGAACUACUAAAUUUCUCAAUUUUUGAAUUCAAAAGUCUGUUUUCCUUUGAGUUUGCUACAUCAACUGUAACUUCGAAAAAAUUUUUCUCAAAUACUCAAAAAAACUUUUUUUGUAAAUAAAAAGUUUCUUUAUGAUUAUCAGAAAAAGAGAGCGAGAUGCAAUGAGAUUUAUCGCAACACUAGCGUUUCGCCGUUCAUUACGCAUCGCAGCCUAAUGAGUCUUUCGCAUGAAACUUGAGCAGGAUUGAGGCGGAAAAAUCUCCUUCCGUGUGCAAAUUCCACACAUGAUUGCCUUAAUCAUCAAGGGGAAAAGAGGGGUUACUCAGCUCAUGUUGAUGCUAAUUAAAUGGCAGUGCCGUUUCAACUAUAAUCUAUCAUUUUUCAGCAAUCCAACAUGACCGGGACAAGAUCCGUUACACGAAGGCUCUCAAGAAAAAAAGAGAGGAGGAAAGAAGAAUAAAGGAGAUUACUCUGAAGGAAGAAGUUGGAAGCCCUGGAAGUACGGUCUCGGAUAAUUACAUCAAUACUUCGACUCCUUCAUCGAGUACCAUGGUCGCAGUGGAAUUUGAAAACGCCGGUUUCGACGCAGAUCUGCAGGUUUUUGACGUCGACCCCAUUUUAAUUCAACAUGGUCGUUUUCAGAGCGACGUCAAGUCUUUGAUUGAAAACCUUCUCGCACUUGAAGGAAAGGUGAUGGCUGUUCGCAUCGCUUACAGAUUUGAGCCUCAUACUUCCGCUACUUCGUGCAUGUACAAUCGGUUUGUUUUGUCUUCUGUGAAAAAGGAUCACCAGAAAAUGUUUAUAACAAUUUCAAGCUAUAUCACAUAAAAAGUUUGAAAAUCGACAUUGCGCUGCGCCCGACUUUUAGUAACUUCUCUCACCUGUACAUAAAAAAUACUGAACCUCAAGUUUUAAAACUUCGGACACCUAUUUUUUGCGCAAAUUUUGUAGUAAUUUGAAGUUCUUAAAGUUGGGUGUAAUUUAUUACAUAAAAUAACGCUCAUAAAUUGUAAUGAGAUCUAUUAUCUAUUUAUAAACAUCGGAAGACUCAAUUUUUUCGACGAAAACCAACUGAUGUAAAUAAAAAUGCUCUGCGAAUGUCACGUUGUCGGGCUCCCGACUGCACUUUCUUUUGUUCUAAAGAUACCCCGCCUGCCGAAAGAUCCGAUUUUCUCUUUUUUUUCCUUCCUAUUCCUCUCUCUCUCAGCGUUGAGGCUUCUCUCUCCCGAGAUCUUUGCUCGCAUUCCACAACCGCGUGGCUUUUGUUGUGCUCAGCCCAAACCUCACCUUAUGAAGACUGGGAAUUCGUGAAAAUGUCGAAUUUCGUGCACUAAAUUGAUACCAAUGCGUUCAGUGUAAAAAGGCGACCGGAACAACCAAAAUGCGCUGACAUUGAACGAGUUUAAAAGACUUUCCGUUUGGUCGAAGAAGAAAAUUUAAAGAAUGACGAAAACUGGCGUAUUUGAUCUUUGUGAGUAAAUGUAAAGUUGUCUCCUUCCUAUUUUCCUUUCGGAAAGGUACUUGAAUCGAUUUGAAACCCGUUUGCCGUCACUAAUUUAAAAAAAAAGUCUCCACUGAAAAUUUCUCCUUUGCAUCAAUUUGAAAAUCCUCAACAGAAAUAUAUGGGUGUUUCAUCAUUGAAAAUUAUUACCAAGAGGUUUUUUCUUCAGGUGCCUGUUUGAAGACUACACGUGGCUGUCGCAGAACUCCAUUCCUCGGGUAGAGAACAUCCAAGAUAUUGGGCGAAGAAAAUGUUUGUGCUGCAGGGUUUACCGAAGACGAAAAGCCCUUGCACCUUGGAAACCUUGCGAAGCUGGUUCGUCCGCGAUCUUUCUCUAAUGAUGGAGUGGGGCAAAAGCUUGCCAAUUAUGGAACGGCUUCUGCUUAAUGAUAAAGUGGGUUUAUCUCAGAUUAAACCUGUAAUUAACCGUGACUAAUUACAGUUGGCUCUGAUGAAAGCGUUCGCUCCAAUAUUCCCAUUGAUCCAGCUCACUUACUACACAAACAACCACGUCGAUCCUAUGGGGCUCAUCGCAAGUAAGUUCAAACUUCUCAGCAAGUUUCUAUCAACUUCAUGGCCUUCAAUCAUGAAUUGUUUUUCAGAGCAAGAACCAGAACCCGAGGAAGAAGAAUUUCCCGAUAGACUCGAUUACCCCGACGGAGCUUUCCUAGAAAAAGAUAAUCACAUUCACAACACGUAAGUCAAUCUCCGUUACUACAAAAUCGAAUCAAACAAUUAGAGAUAAUGAGAGUUCCGCUUGAAGGAGAGAAAUUCUACAAUAUGACAAUCUUUUUUCAGAGAAGAAAUGUGCGCGAUUCUCAUCGAUGGUUGUUUCAAGCUGAUGCGUAAACUUCGCAUAAAGCAACCGACGCUCGUCCUGUACAAAAUGCUGCUUUUUCACAAUCCCGGUACAUUGCCAAAAAAGUUCCCAGACUCAAAUUUUUCUUCCAGACGCGGAAGGCUUGUCUUCAACAGGGAAGAAAACGAUUGAAGCGGAAAGAAUGAGACUUCUUGCCCAACUGUUUUUCUACCUGAGCAGUGAACAUGGAAAAGAGGCCCAAUUGCUUUUCUCAAACCUUCUGAUGAUGUCGGCCACUCUUAACGUAAGUUUUUUAUCUGCCAUGGAGAGUUCCAACAAAAGAAGUUAAUCAUCUCUGAAAGUCAGCCAAAAUAAAUGCUAAAGAGCCAACUGAAGAUACUGAAGUCUCAUUGUGCAAAGUUAUUUAGUUUUUAAGAAAAAAAACGCCCAAAGCUAUAAAAUUUUUCGUACAACCGGCGUUUGUUAUAUUUUCAAGGUCUUGGCCCGUCCUUCAUAGAGUACAGGAUGUUAGGUUGAAAUGUUUAACAUAAAGAUGUUCUGGCCACUUUUCAAAUAUAGAGUGAAAUUGCCAAGAUCCCUGCGCUUUGGACAUCAAACAUUGAAGCAACUUUUUUCGAUUUCAACAUCUUGAGCAGUUUUAAAUUCUAGAGAUGAUCUUCAGAAAAUAUAGUCGAAAUCGCCUUCUUCAAAUUCAAAUUUUUCAGCGAGUAGCGUCAUUUAUCAAGCGAGUUUUCGACAUCAACCAUAUUUUCAAUCGUACCAACGACCUCAUAGACCAGCUUAUCAUCGUUGGACUAUAA